UUUAAGCUACACUGUCCCACAUUUGCAGACUCUAAAUUCUUGCUCAAAUUUCUCAAACCUAACAAUGGCGGAGAGAGGCGCAGGAGACCGUGGUGGAUUUGGCCGUGGCUUUGGAGGCCGUGGACGUGGAGGAGAUAGGGGAGGUCGCGGUGGACGCGGUGGACGUCGUGGUGGACGCCGUGAUGCCGAAGAGAAGGACUGGGUUCCGGUAACGAAGCUUGGCCGUCUAGUAAGAGACGGAAAAAUCAAGUCCAUUGAGCAAAUUUACCUCCAUUCGCUCCCAAUCAAAGAAUACCAAAUCAUCGAUAUACUAAUUGGUCCCUCUUUGAAAGAUGAGGUUAUGAAAAUCAUGCCGGUCCAAAAGCAGACCCGGGCCGGUCAGAGGACCCGGUUCAAGGCGUUCGUGGUGGUUGGAGAUGGGAACGGGCACGUUGGUCUCGGUGUCAAGUGCUCGAAGGAAGUGGCAACUGCGAUUCGUGGCUCGAUUAUAUUGGCUAAGCUUUCUGUGAUUCCGGUCAGGAGAGGGUACUGGGGGAACAAGAUUGGUAAACCACACACCGUUCCCUGUAAGGUCACCGGGAAAUGUGGUUCAGUCACUGUCCGCAUGGUGCCUGCACCUCGUGGCGCUGGAAUUGUCGCUGCCCGCGUCCCCAAGAAGGUUCUGCAGUUUGCUGGUAUAGAAGAUGUCUUCACCUCCUCCCGAGGUUCUACCAAGACCCUUGGAAACUUCGUUAAGGCUACCUUUGAUUGUCUACUGAAGACUUAUGGCUUCCUCACUCCAGACUUGUGGAGGGAGACUCGCUUUUCAAAAUCUCCUUUCCAAGAAUACACUGAUCUUUUGGCAAGGCCGACUGCCAAGGUUGUCCAAGUCAUCGAGGAUGCAGAGGCCUGAGCUCUGAGGCUGAGAUUUUUUGUCAUAUUUAAUGUUUGUCUUCUCUUUUGAUUUUGUGUUCAUGUUUUGCUUUAAGUUUUAAUGACUUACUAUUUGCCUACACAAUUCUGAACUGAACUGAAUUGAAUUGAUCCAAUCCUACUCUAUAGCCUUGGUUGAAAUGGAUAAUGGUUGAAUAUUGAUCUAUUAGUAUUCUAACUGGUCGAUUUUCUAUCUCUUUACAUUGAAAUAUCGGAUUGGUUAGUGUA